ACCAAGCAUGCUAAUGUAAAAAGAAAGCUAUGCAUGCAACAAUGACUAGACUUCCUUCUCUUGUGGUAAUAUUCAUGUUACUUUUGUUCAUGAACAAGUUUUCUUCAUCUCGAACUCUUGGCCAUCCAUCUUCUAGCCACAACCAUGGUCAUCAAAUAAUAACAUUUUUAAUGAGGGACAUGCUGAAUGUUAGUACACCAUAUUCAGAGAAACCUAAGGUCAAUGGUCAACCACCUUUCCGUAAUGGAGGGAUUCCAAUACCUGAAUCCACUCCAACAAUGCCACACACUGCAUCUUCCACACAAACACUUGAUUUGUCUAGUAUUGGCUUCUCUUUUCCCACUAUAGCAACACUUCAAGAGAUGGAGUAUGGAUCAGUAACACCAAUAGAUGAGGAACUACUUGAAGAAGGUGAUGGAGGUGAAGUAAGAAAACUUGGAAAGGCACAAGGGGUGUGUGUUGCUAGCUCAGAGGAUGAAAGUAGCCAUAUGGUGGCUAUCACAGCAAGCUUUUUGAAAGGUGAGUUUCAGGAUGAUGGACUGAGGCUUUUUGGAGUGUACAAGAGUGAUGUUUUUGAGUCACAUGUUGCAGUUAUUGGAGGCUCAGGAAAGUACUAUGGUGCUAAUGGCUAUGCUGCAGUUAAGGUUGUGGACAAAGUAGGAUCCAAUGCAAAAGAAGGAAAGGUGACAAGUUCAAAGUUCCUCUUGUUUGAUGUGUAUCUUAGUUAGUAUUGAGAUUUGUUAAGAAAAUCAACGUUGAGAUCCAUGUAUAAUGUGUUUUCUCUUCUUUAUUGAGAUCUAAUAUGAUAUAAUGAUAAUUUAAGUUUUA